CUGCGCUGCUCUGCUGGGCUGAAGGAUUUCAUCCCAAAACGUUACAUAAAUUUUUAAUAAUAAUUUUUCAAAUAAUUCCACAUAUUUUCGGGUAAACACUUUAAAAGAGAUGCAAUCGCUGGAGCUACAACAAAUUCACAGUUCCAGUUAAGCUAAGUGAGCAAAGAUGUGCAUAGAACUGAAAAAGGGAAACGUUUAGAGCGCCAUUUGUGCGCUGCAAAAGAACAUUUUUUAGCAGAGAAAAAAGAAAAUUUCAAGAAAAUUAAUCAUUGUGUUCAGUUACUAAUUGAUUGUUAAUUAAUGUUCUUUAAGUUAAUUUUAUGAAAACCAAAAAAAAAACCAGACUAUUAACGAAAUUCGACAACAUCUCAACAUUCUGCAAAAUCGAUAAGCUUCAGCAUCAGCAUAAAAAGCGUACAAUUCGGACUUCUUGAUAGUCAAAAAGGGGCCGCCGUCAUCCACCCACCACCACAACUAAAACCACCAUCAGCAUCCACAUCCACAUCAAUUUGUAAACCACCCCACCAGUUGUAAAGCUAUCAACAUGUCAUUCAUAACGAAAUUGAAAGCAACGCCAUUGCCACCAUUGAAGAACAUACUCAAUGUGGCCAUGCAAACGGCCAGACAGCAAAUUCCAGAGCGCAAGGAUUACCAGCAGCCGCCCGGUACAAGUAUCCCACAGCAGGGUCAAGGUCAACAGGCCAUGUUUCCACCAACCGAUGUAGAUGGCCCUGUCGAUGGCAGCAAUCAGCCCACAGAGAUGAGCUCGAAUCCCUUUCGAAAUGCCGGCGGUUGGUCAAAUGAGGAUCCUGAGGGUGAUUAUAAAACCGAAUACCAAAGCACAUCCUUUGUGGGCAAUGAAUAUGAUGGCAGAUACCAGCAAACCGAUGGCUUCAGACAGGGCAGCGUUGCAUCUGAGGGCAGCUCAUUCGUUUGCGAGGGUGAAGGUGGCGGCGGCUCAAAGAUCGACGAGUUCCAGGCGGGAUGGAACGUAACAAAUGCUAUUCAAGGAAUGUUCAUCGUAUCUCUACCAUUUGCGGUACUUCAUGGAGGAUACUGGGCCAUCAUUGCGAUGGUGGGCAUUGCCCACAUAUGCUGCUACACGGGAAAGGUGCUGGUGCAGUGCCUCUACGAGCCGGAUCCGAGUACGGGUCAAAUGGUGCGUGUACGGGACAGUUAUGUGGCCAUUGCCAAGGUAUGCUUUGGUCCCAAGCUGGGUGCACGUGCCGUUAGUGUUGCCCAACUUAUCGAACUCCUGAUGACCUGCAUUUUGUAUGUGGUUGUCUGUGGCGAUCUCCUGGCCGGAACUUAUCCGCAGGGUUCGUUUGAUUCACGCUCUUGGAUGCUCUUCGUGGGCAUCUUUUUGCUGCCCAUGGGCUUUCUCAAGUCCCUGAAAAUGGUGUCCACUCUGUCCUUCUGGUGUACCAUGGCACACAUUGUGAUUAACGCGGUAAUUCUCGGCUACUGUCUACUGCAGAUCGGCGAUUGGGGCUGGUCCAAGGUCCGGUGGAGCAUUGAUAUGGAGAACUUUCCCAUUUCACUGGGCGUAAUCGUGUUCUCCUACACAUCUCAGAUAUUUUUACCAACCCUCGAGGGUAAUAUGAUAGAUCGUUCAAAAUUCAAUUGGAUGUUGGACUGGUCGCACAUAGCCGCUGCGAUUUUCAAGGCAGGCUUCGGUUACAUUUGCUUUCUCACCUUCCAGAAUGAUACACAGCAGGUGAUAACCAAUAAUUUACACUCCCAGGGAUUUAAGGGAAUGGUCAACUUCUUUCUGGUUAUCAAGGCCAUUCUUAGUUACCCAUUGCCAUACUAUGCUGCCUGCGAGCUUCUGGAACGCAACUUUUUCCGUGGCCCGCCAAAAACCAAAUUCCCGACCAUCUGGAAUCUUGAUGGUGAGCUGAAAGUUUGGGGCCUGGGCUUCCGUGUGGGCGUUAUUGUAACGACAAUUCUUAUGGCCAUAUUCAUACCACACUUUUCGAUAUUGAUGGGCUUUAUUGGCAGCUUCACGGGUACCAUGCUAAGCUUUAUUUGGCCCUGUUACUUCCACAUCAAGAUCAAAGGUCAUUUGCUCGAUCAAAAAGAAAUAGCUAAAGACUACCUCAUAAUAGGGCUAGGCGUACUUUUCGGCGUUAUUGGCAUCUAUGACUCUGGCAAUGCCCUAAUUAAUGCAUUCGAGAUCGGUCUUCCAUUUUAAACAAAACUUUUCCAUUGUUACCAAACCGUUUAUUUAUACUUACUUACUUAGUUAUAAAAUGGUCUAAUCGAACUGGGUUCUGCGAAUACCUAGCUAAACAUAUAUUGUUGGGUUUGUGGCCUGCAUUUUUUGACAAUAUAACAUAAAAAGUCUUCCGUAAACUAUAUAGUUAUUAUUAAUGUUAUAUCAUAUGCCAAGGAUGCAGGUCAUGAUAAAGUUAAAGAAAUGUAAUGAAAGAACAAUAAUCUUAGUUUAUAAGAAAUGAAACGCAAGUCUUCCAAAACAAGCGAACAAAUGUCUUCCAAACACACAUAAAAAUCCUAAGCUAAUUUAAGUAACGAUUAUAUACAUAAAAGAACGAGUAUUUAAAGAGAUAAUUGAUAUUUAUUGUAUGAACGCAUAUUAUAUAUAUACACUAGCAUAUGUAUAGAGGGAAAUCUCAAAAAAAAAAAAAAAAACAAUAAACCAUUAUACAAACGUAUGUAAGUCUAUUACCAAAUAGAUAGAACUCAUUGUUUAUUUAUAUACCAGUAUAUAUACAUAUACAUAGUUGAAUGCGUUUUUUUAAACGAUUAAUUAUAAAGUUACUGUACUUAUACCAAUGAUAAUAAUAGCCUUUAAAAACGACACUAGCAUCUUUUAAAAUUCUCAAUAAAAACAUCAUCUCACGUUGAA